GCGUUAUGUAAGGGCGGCGGGGCGGGCGGCGCUGCGGCGGCUCGGAACGGCUCGGAACGGCUCGGAACGGCUCGGAACGGCUCGGAACGGCUCGGAACGGGCGGCGGGCGCCUGGCGCGGGCCCGCGGCGGCGGGGAAAGCGGCUUAUCCCGUCCUUCCCUCCCUCCGCCGGGUUGCCAUGGAGACGGGCGGGCGGCGGCGGGGCUGUCACUGAGGGAUCGCACCGCGCUCCGCGGCGGAGGGGAAGCCGCGGCGGCCGCGGCAGCAGCCGCAGAGGCAGAAAUGGACUCGCACUGCGACUGUGCCGAGCCCCCGGCUGCCGAGCAGCCGUCGGGGAGGAUUAACAAAACCGCCUUCAAGCUCUUCAGGAGGAGGAAGGCCGGGGGAACCAUGCCGAGCAUAUUCGGGGUGCGGAGCAGAGGCGGGGAGGGGAAGGGCGCCGGCAAGCCGGGGAUGGUGCGGAGCCGGACGCACGACGGCUUGGCCGACGCCGUGCUGGAGAGCGGCAAGAAGGAGGAACCGAGCGGCGGCGGCGGCGGCGGAGAGCCGCAGAGCCGGGAGGCGCAGGAGCGGCCGGCCGGCAGCCCCGGCGGCCCCGGCGGCAGCGCCGUGGCCAAAUCGCACAGCUUCUUCUCGCUGCUGAGGAAGAACGGCAGGCAGGCGGAGGGCGCGGAGCCGCGGGCCGGCGGCAGACAAAAGAAGGGGCUGAAGGGGAUCUUCAGCAGCAUGCGGUGGCACAAAAAGGACAAAAACGGCAAGGAGGAGAGGGGGGAAACCUCGGACAUCCCGUCCGGCCUUAUUAUGCCGGGGUCCCUGACCGCCAGCCUGGAGUGCAUCAAGGAGGAGACCCCGAAACCUUUGUGCGAGAGCCCGAGCGGCGCGGGAGACGCCGGGCCGGAGGCGCCGCGGGAGAAGCGCAGCGGCGAGGCGCCCGCCGCGGCCGAGGAGCCCGGAGCGGGCGGCGCGGAGCCCAGGGCCGGCAGCCCCCCGGCCCGGGAGGAGCCGCCCGCCGCCGUGCGGCCACCCGAGGAGCUCAGCCGCCAGCCACCGGAGCCGGCCGCCGGAGAGGCUGGGAGUGCGAGGGAUGCGGCGAUAACAGGUGACAUUCCAAUAACGACUAUCCCCCCUGUUGAACCUCACUGUGAUAGCGGUCAAGAGACGGCAGCCGCCCCUGACCCUUCCUCUGUUGAUCCACCCUCAGAGCAAUCGAUUGAUCGUAUUUGUUUGAUGUUUGCUGACGUGACUUCACUGAAAAGCUUUGACUCUCUUACAGGCUGCGGAGAUAUUAUUGCGGACCAUGAGGAGGAUGUGGGCGGCGGGAGUGGCGUCUGCGAGAAGAGCACCCCCGGGCCCAGCAAGCUGGGCGCCACCAAGAAGCACCCCACCAUGGUGGCCUACCAGGGAGGAGGGGAGGAGAUGGCCAGCCCCGACCAGGUGGAUGACACCUGCGUGCAGGAGUUCUGGGAUAUGCUGUCACAGACAGACGAGACUCAGACACAAGGAGGAGGAAGCGGAGGAGGGACAAAGAAGCCCGAGGGGUUGAAGGAAACCCGAGGUACCGAGGGAGCCCAGAACAGGGUGGUGGUGAAACGUGGUGGCCUCCACCAGAUUGCCAUUCACCUGAACCACAAAGAGGAGCAGAAGAGCAGGGAAAAGGAGCAGCACGAGGGUGUCCCAAACAGCGAUGAGGGCUACUGGGAUUCCACCACCCCUGGUCCCGAGGAAGAUAGUUGCACAAGCAUCCAGAAGGAAACCCUUCCCAGGGAUAGCUACAGUGGGGAUGCUCUCUAUGACCUCUAUGCUGAGCCAGAUGAGAACCCACCGGCGGGGCCUUCAAUCGAGGAAGUGCCCAGUGUGCCACGCUCCAAGCCCGUGUCUCCGAUAACGACCGUGAGCGCGCUGAAAACGCCCUCGAGCACAGCGAAGGACUCCAAGAUACCCAUCAGCAUUAAACACCUUUCCUCGCAUCCUGCCAGCCACGGAGCAGACGCCAGUAACAGCCAUCACGUCGCACACCAUCACCUGGCCAAAAGUGAGAUGCACAGAACAAAAAUCCCCGUCUCCAAAGUCCUGGUACGCCGGGUCAGUAACAGGGGCGUAGCAGGGACAACAGUGAAAACUGCCACGUACCAGGACAGUGCCAAAAAGUAGCUGGGUAAGAGGUGGAGACAAAGACAGAGGACGAAGUCCACGUGGAAGAGUCUGCAUAGGAGACCGCAGAUAAUGGAUUUGGUUUGCAUCACCUAAAGAAAGCCACCUAAAAAGCUUCCUUCGCUGAACUCCGUGGGCCUGCACUUCUGAGUCUGUUCUUACCCAACUGUAUGGCUGAAUACAAAAAGUCAACUUCUUUUUGAGCACUUUUUUUUUACAUUUGUAUCUUUUUUCUGCAACACUAAACACUGAGGAGGUCCAUUUUUACAUGCCUUUCUGGAAGCAGGACUUGGAUUCUGACCAUCCUUCCUCCUGCAAAGCAGUGUCAUGAGUUCUUCAAGGGAACAGAGUUACAAAAGGAGUGACAUGAGAGGUUCUCCAACAUGCUUAUCUUUUAUCGGGGAGGAGUAGUAGCUGGGUGCCUGGCUGGCUCUGGAAAUGAUGUUUGCUCCACAAGAUGUUGGAAAAAAUGCCAAGCAGAAAACAACCCACCUAACAGGUAUUUUACCUGCUGUAGAACGAGAACACUGCUCAGCAGCAGACUUGAUUGACUUGUGUGCAGGAGAUAAAACUAAGGAGUUAGGUGGACUCGUCUAACAGGAAAACACAUUUUCGUUUGUCUGUCUGUCUGAUUGGUUUUGAUCUGGUCUAAUGUAAAUGGGUAACAGAGACACCUGACGUAGGUUCAGAUGUUUACAUCAAUACUUGUCCGAUAAUGCAUACAAUCAGGUUCAGGGAAACAUUUUACUAAAUGCCAAUAUAUACACACUGUCCACAUUUAUACAAUAACUUGCUCGCCGUGUGUAAAUAUAUACGUGUUUUAGCAGAUUUUUUAUAUUAAAAAAAAAUCACCUGUCCUUAUUAUCUAGAGUUUAAGCAAGAGUUAGUUUUUAUAGGUAGAUAAUUUUACAGUUCUAAAAGGAUAGAACUUUGUGUAAGUACCUUAAAUUAGAAAAACUCUGGUUUGUAUGGGCUCAUGCAUCCCCAGAUCAGUAAGUCUGAAAUGCUGAUUUUAUUCCAGUGGCACAUUCCAUGGCUCAGAGCUGAUGUUCUGACAGCACUGCCACUGCAAACCUCUAUUUUCAGGGGUUUAGACAAAAUUGCUCUGGGCUUAAACCUUACCAAGAAGGAACCCAGCAAAAAAUGUGUUUUUUAAGUAUUAUUUUUUAAAAGAUAUAAAAUUAGUUUUUGACUAUUUAAAGAAAGUUUGGGUUCUCAUUUCUUUUUAUUUUCAUUCUCAAUAAUGUCAGAAUAAUUUUACUUUAAGAGAAAAAAGAAUAUGGUAAGCUAGUGGUACAUAAAAUGGUCGAAUGAGCUUGGAUCUUAGGAGAAAUGUAUUAAUGGCCAUGACUUUUUUGAAUAGCGGCUACUGUACAUGGGCAUUGGCAACAUUUCAAAGAAAUAUAAUAGGGUUUUAAUGUGCCUGAGGACAUAUUUUUAUGAUACACUGAAAAAGCUCUAAAAAUCACUGAAGUCUAAAGGUAAAUGUUAUGUAUUUACAAAAUAUUUUGAUAUAAGUAUUUAAUCAUCAGACCACAGUUAAUAUAAAAUAUAUGCUCCAGUGUAUCUAAAAAAUAAUAUACAUUUUAAAAAUAUACAUUUCUAUAUUAUGCAGAGAAUCCUAAAUUCACGUCAUUGAAGCUAAUGGGUCUGAUUUUACAUAGCAGUUGGUUUUAUUGUCUCUUAAAUCAAAAGGGAAAAAAAAGGAAAAUAAAUAUACAGAAUAUACAUUUGAAGGAUAUUAAGGUUGUAGGCAAACCAUAAAAAGCCAGGAAAUACCAUACUAAGAAUUGUAUAUAUGUAUAUGCAUGAUUCGUGGUUCACUGGGGAAAUGACCUUAAAGUCAUGAAGGUGAAAUUGACAUCCAGGUUCGAAAUUGCUGCAGAAUUUAAUACUGACUUGCAGCAGCCCAGUGAAAGUGUUCGUUUCCCUGACCAGCCCCUGUUUUCAUGGCUUAAGAACCUUAAUACACUUCAAAGAGGAUUAUUUUAUGUUUUUUUCCUGACGUGUACGCGUGUGGUUCCCUGUGUGCCCGCUCACCCCGCCGUGUUGUACAGAUGCAUGUGCAGCAAGCACACAGCUCCUGGCAGGGUCCCCGUGCACGCUCACACUCGUGUGAGCACUCCCACGCACAGCCUGGGGGCUGUGCUCCACAGCUGCCUCCAAACACGCUGGCGGUGCUUUCUUUUGCCUGAGAAAGGGAUUUGCUCUUGGUCUGACUCCACUUGUGCAUUUUAGAUAGUCAGCGCUGAAACACUCUCAAAAGGAUGUACACGCAGAACACGGAAUAUUAUCCUGCUCCUCAGCCCUAAACGUGGCAUUCCUUUUCCCCUUCUUUUGUUUUUGUUCGACUGGAAGGGAUGCAUCUUUCCUUGCAUGACAACUCUGCAGAAAAAAAUCAUAAUUCCCCAUUUUGUUCUAAGGACAAAUUGUGCUGAGAGGUUCUAUAGGGAACUGGAAGUUGAGAGGGAGGGAGGAUGUGGUGGUAGUACCAUAAAAACUGGAAGCACUGAGUACAGGUAGUAGGAGUGGUGCAUCUUUACACCCACUAGGAGAUACCAGCUGCCAUCUCUACAGGACUUGUGUGUGUCAAAUUCUUCAUCAUAUGUGUUUUGUUUGCAUUGUGGCAUGUCUGUAUUGAGAAACCAAUAGUGUGACGCUAGCCUAACUUCCUCUCACGUAACCACUAACAAGAGUCAUCAUUAAAAUGCUUUGGCUUCCCUUCAUUCUUCUCUCUCUCCUUUGUUUUCUGCCACGUUUUUCCCUCCAUCCUGUGCAUGGUGGCUGGCAGCCUCCUCCUCCUCCUGGGUGCUAUAACCCCUGGAGCAAGGAGCCCUGGGCUGGCUGGAGCGUGGGUGGGAGGGCAGCUGCCCCGGCCAGGUGCUCCACAGCCACUCCCUCAAGCUUUCUGUCACACACCCGCUGUCGGUGCACUUUGCAAAUCUCUUGGCGGUUUGUUUGGCUGCUUGCUGUGUACAUAUUUUAAGGACAAUCAUAUCCUUAAAAGGAAAAUGGGAAAGUAGCUGGUAGUAGGGCGUCAGUAUUUUGAGUCAUUGCGACAUGCUAACGUCGAUUCAGGGUAAUGAUUGUGUGAGAGUAAAGAUACAGUUUAAUGUUCAAAUUAACUUUGUACUUCUAAAAUUCACUUUUGUCUCUAAGCCAUCUAUGUUUUUUAUUUCGAAAGGUAAUAGAUCUAAGAUUUACUAGGGCUUUCAAUUUUCAUGCAAAUAUAUUUGUAUAACUCCACACAAUGCCUAAAACAAUCAAGGAAAGGAGGUUCAAAGGCUUUCUUUAGACCUAUAUGUAAUUCCUGAAAGAUCCCUGUAAAAUACUGUGAGAUGUCUAAGAACAAACAAUUAAUGGCUUGCUGGAUUUAGAGGCUGACACAUAAAGAGGUAAUAGUCCUGAGGCAUUUUCUGGUAGCUUGCAUUCUUAUUUAUGUUACCCUGUUCAAGCAUAUACAUAUACCUUGGCUUUGGUAGGUAUUGAGGUAGAAAUGGUGUUCUGAGUCCCAAAGAUAACAUUCCCAAUGGUGUCAUUGUUUUGAUUUCCUUAAAGUAUCUUUUUAUAUGUUUUAUUUGUUAUUUGGUGGUCUGAAUGAUGCUUUGUAAUUAUCAGCUGUAUGUUGUUCAUAAAGGAUUUUAGAGAUCAGGACUUGGUAUUUAGUUACGUGUACUCUUUGCACUUUCAGGUCCCUACUGGUAAAUUUUGUAUGUUCUUAGAGUUUUUCUAUAUAUUGCAUAGUGUUUUAUAGCUAUCUACAGUGAUUUCAGUGGUAUACGCUCCUGUCCUUUAUAUCAGCACAAAAGAUUUCCUUUCAGUAGCAUGAAAUUAUGUUUUUGUGGACUUGUUUUGUCAUGAUAGGAGCUAAGUUUCCUGUACUAAAUGAGUGGCCUGCAACAGACAUAAAAGCUCUUAUUUUCCAUGUAGUGCAUAUGCAUUUUGCUCUUGCCAGUAAUAGGACUCAAACAUUCGUAGUAGAUUUCAGAGGAAAUUCCAUGACUAGAAUAAGAAAAAGCUAUGUUCAGUCUUAUUCCAUCAAUAACCAGCAUUUUCUUCAUCCACUGUGAAUAUCCUCACCGCCGUUCAGGGUAGUAGGGGACUGAAUUUUAAAAAUUACGUGCAUAGAUGUACGCUAUGAAAAUUAAUUCACUGAUUAUUUUUUAAUGAAUCUUACAAAAUUAUUUAUCUAAGCUAAGCGAAUAUUGCACCAAAGUCUUAAAACAUCUGAUACAGAUGGCAUUUUCAGUAAGAUGCUAUGAGUGCAGAUGAGCCAAAUUAACAGGCUUGGAUUAGCAAAGCAAAACCUUGUUGUCUCUUAAAUUUGUAGUACUGACUGAGCUUGCAGAUCAAAGGGAACCAUUGAUUCUGCUGCGUGGCCAUGCACCGAGGUUUUUCUUUCCCUGUUCUAAUGGACUACUUUCAGAAAAGGCUUUUCAGGAAGAUAAUGGUAUGAAAGGGACGGAUCACAGUAACAAUAGCCACUUACAAGACAGAUGGUUAUCCAACAGCCUCAGUGGGGAGAUUCUAGGCAAGGUGGCCUGAAAAUGGAUUUUCAUAGUUACUGAUAUGAAAGGCUGGGGCUUCUGCCUUGGAAAAACAAAUUGACACCAACUCAAAGACAAUGCAGAAAAGAGUCUUGGCAGAGUUCACACAUGACAGCUUCUGCAGGCCUUGGUUUUGGUUUUCAUUUUGUCUUUUCUUUCCUUCCCCCUUUGUUUAUGUUUUCAUUGUGGUGACAUAACCCCACGUGUCUGAGCAGAGCUGCACAACAACUGACUCUUCUGAGAUUCACUGCUAAGAAUACACUGUCAGUCGUCCCCAGUGGCCCAGGUCUGGUUCCUGCUGAACAUCCCUCCCUUCCACUGAGGGAUGGCAGGGAUGGGAUGAUAGGAUUCCCGUGUCCUGAGUCCACGUGCUGUUUACUGUGAGCAGGAGGAAUCUCAGUCUGUCUUGAUGUUUGUUUCUGGGGGAUGAUUUAUUUUUAAUUUAACUCACAGGAAUUUUUUACUCAUCAUUGGUUCUUAUCUUGUCUUCCUUGUGAGCAUCUCAGAUAGGAAUGCUCAGCACUGAUUUAGUGUUUCCUAAGUCCAUUUCAUGUAGAGAGAAAUGGAAGAACUUCUCAUAUGCAAAGGAAUAACAGCUAUAACCACUUGAGUCACAUCAUGGGGGCCUUGAUUCCUGCAAAAGCAAGCUGUUAAAACUCUUCUUGCCUUAGAAGGCUUCUCCACCCAAAACAAUGAGUACUAUUGCCUAGGAUGCUUUUUUUCCCCCUUUAUGUCUCUCAUUCCUUCUCAGCCAUACUACAGUUGCUCGGGAAACUGAGGUUUUUUUAUCUAGCCUUCCAGCACAAGAAGAGAGGAGUUGCUGCCACUAUGCCUCCUCUUCAGGAGGUCUUUGCUUCUACUUCUUGGUCUUGAAAAAAUUAAAUCCCCCCAGAAUAAGUGGUAAAGAUACUUAAAAUGGAGAUGUUGCUGUGUGAUCUCAUACACAUGGAUGAGGAUGUUGAGUGAUAUUUUGCAUAGCAUGGAAUAUAUCCCUCCACUUUCCUGUAGUGGACAAUUUAAUAAAUGUAGCAGGGAGCAGGUCACUCUUGUAGGAAAGCCCAGGAGCUGUUUGUCAUGGAGACUCUGCCCAGAUUUUAUCUUUGCGUUCCUGUUUCCUUCCUGCACAUACUUAAAUGAAUAGAGCCAAAGUUACGGUACAGAGAGGAAAAGGUUGUGCACCUCACAGGGCGAGGAAUUUAAACUGCCAGAUUGAAAGGCUUCUUGUAGCAAUGGCUAAAAGAAGAUUGCUUUGCCUACUUUGACAUCACAUCCAUGCAAUGCUCUGCAAUAAAAGCUAACCCAGCUAUGGCCACAAAGUUAGGAAACUGGCAUUUGCCAACAGGACAAUCUCCUUCCAGGGUCCAGUUUUGCUGUGGCAACUUCCACUAACUCCAGUAAGAACUGGCAGACGUCCUUGAACUCUUAAGGAAAUAGAAAGUGUUUCUUAAACAAGUCUUCCUUCUUUUUUUUUUUUUUUUUUUUUUUUUUGUUUUUUUUUGUUUUUUUUUGUUUUGUUUUGUUUUGUUUUGUUUUGUUUUGUUUUGUUUUGUUUUUUUUGUUUGUUUUUAAAGAUAAACAUUAUUCAGGUGUUUGUGCAGUCUUUUAUAUCACUGUGGUAGUGUUUUCACUGAUCUGAAUGCAAAACAUGUCUUUCCAUUGUUUUUCAUCUUAACAAGCUGCACUCCUGCACAUAACUCCAGUGCUCAGCAUGUUUAAAUUACAGCUAACACAAUCACUGCCUUCCUUAAUUUAACUCUUGAUGGCAAAACCAGGACCAGAUUCUUUCCAGAGCUCUAAACCCCCUGCUUAUUUUGUCAUUGUUCAUGUUUUUGAUAUGGUAACUAAAUGAAGCCUCCCUUUAAUUAUUGCACAGCCACAUUUUAAAUGUGUCAUUAGGGAGAAGGUAUGUGGGGACUAAAUGGUAAGAUCUUUAACAGAUCUUUAUUAUUUUGGAUGACGUUGCAUCAAAACAGUUGCUAAAUCAGUAUCAGGUUGUUUCCAUGGGCUUUUUAUGCAGAUGCAUUGGAAGCUUUGAACAUAAUGUGCUUGCAAAAGAAAAUUCUUUAUAUCUGCUUUGAAUUAGGGCUGACCUUAAAGUGUAAUUCUUGGUUAUUGACAGCAGAGGGGAAGGUGUGUCCCAACUCACCUGCAGCCUGGGGACUGGGGGAGCAAGGCACCCCAAGGCACCAGCAGAGUUUGCUGUCUGACCUCCCCGUGUGCUGCCAGCAGAGGGGUGCAAUUGUUCCAUGUGGAGGUGUCAGCCCUGGGCAGCAGCAGGAAAAGGCAGGGUGGUGGUGCAGUGCUGGGUGCUGAUAGGGCAUCUGGGAGAUGGGCUGAAAGCAAGGCCUGGACCUCUUGUCCUUGUGGGAAAAGAGUUACACAUAUGCCUAAAAAAACGUGUAUCCUUUCUUUUUUGCACUGAUGCUUGGGUUGCUGUGUUACACUGGCUGAGGAGCCAGUGUGAGUUGGGUGAGCUGAAGCCAGUGCUCCUGCAGCUGGGCUACUGUGUGACUGCUCUCACCAGCACCUGAGCAGUGCCCAGUGUCUUAGUUUCUAAAGGCAGCUUCAGCACAGAAACACCCACAAAUCCCUUGUAGCCCAGUACUGGUCUAUGGCACCUCAGACCUCUUCCACCCUUAUUUUGCCAGGAAGAUGCAAAGAACCAAGUCCUAGGCAGAGUGGUGAGCUCUGGCUGCACCCCUGCAGCCCAAGGACAAGUGGGGAGGGAGUGUAAGACACACUGUGCAGCAGCACCGAGUACUAAGCAGUAUUAUCCUGCUUUUCUAAAGGGGGAACAAGACUAAAGCUGUUGUUUUUUUGUGAAAUUAAAUCCUCUACAUGGGUGAAACUGUAACAGCUAGACACUAUCUUGUUCCAACAGUAUUCUUGCUGGAAUCAGUGGAUCUGUAAGUGCUGUUGGUUUCUAUUGAGUGAGGACCCCAUAACUUGGCUCCACCUGAAUUUUCCCUGCUCUGUUUGUUAAUAGACUCUGUCUCAGAAAAGUUCUGGUGUUGAAACCUAGUGUUGUGGCCCUGUUGAAAUGGGAGAUGAGAUAUGAAUGUGUGUGAUGGAAAACACAAUAAACCCAGAAAAUACAACAUGACUUUAGUCUUUUAUGACAGCCCAGCUCUGCUUAAACAUUGUGGGGUGCCUGAGAAACGGGUAGCAGGGACUGCCUCAGACAAACCAACGCUCUUGGUGUUUCCUGCGUGCUGAUGGGGAUGUGUGUGUCCUGCUACAGGCCACUCAGCCUGUUUCUGUAAGAUGUGAUACAGCUGACAGAACACUGUUAAUUACAGUAUUUCCUUGUAUUUUUUGUGUCAGCCACCUCCUGUAAGGUAGCGUACACCUAUUUGAGAUAAUGAGUGAGUAAAGCCAGAAGUCCCCGCGCUUCACAUCUAAAAGGUUUGGUAAUAAUCUGGUGGGUCUGUGUGCACCAACCUUUCCUUAAUGAAAGCUCACAACAUUCCAGGGGGUGUUUUUUAUAACAGACUGUUAGACACACUCUGCUCCUUUCCACCUCUACAAACUGAUGAGUACGUGUCUCCUCGAAUCACUGUAUUCUUAAUGUAUUCACAGCCUAACUGAUAGCAAUAGGUGUCUUUCUUCCCUGGCAGUUCACAAGGAUAUACUAAUCAGUGUUUGUUAUAUUUUUAAUUCUGUAAAUAUUUAUUUUGGUACUCUGUGUAUUUAUUGGCACUGAUUCUGGUGUUUGCUUAUGUGUCAUUGUAAAUGUUGAUGGUUUCAAUAGUCUUGCUUCUAAUGAAUGUAAGGAACUCAGACUAACUGCACUUUUCUUCCAUUCAAAAUUUUAACAGUGAAAAAUAUUCCCACUGUCAUGUGUUAUAAUGAAAACAGUCAAUAAAAUCAGUUGUCACUUUUCAUUGAUGAA